AAAAAGGGAGGGAGAGGGAGGACAGGCAGAGACUGGAGAGAGUUUGAGAGUCAGUGGCUAAAAAAGCAGAGAGAGUCACAAAACAAUUGCUGCCAACCUGCCAGAACACACACAGUGAAUUUUCCGAACUUCACCUGGAACUUAAACAACCUUUGACAGCCUCUGAGGCGUCGGGGGUGGAGCAGCAAGUCGACAUUCCUGCCGGCACGCACUUACUGUUCUCAAUGAAGAAACAAGGAGAAUAACAAUGUACCUUCAGUGAAGAAAGCGGGCGGGGAGGCGUUCAGAGUUAGGAUGAAGGCGGCACAUAGCGGGAGGCUGAGAGGAGAGACUGAAGAGACGAAGAAGGUGCAUUCCUGGUUGGAGCUGAGGGGGGGAAAGUGGUAGCCCCGGGGCAAGGGAAAGAUUUUUUUUGACAGAAACAGAGCGAGAGGAAGGAGGAAAGGAUGCAUCUGUUCUUCCAAGAAACAUGGGAGGUGGAGGGGCUGCAGACUGUGGGCAUCCUACUAGUGGUCUGCAGCUCCCUCAAACUGAUGCACUUUCUGGGGCUUAUCGACAUUUCCACGGCAGGUAAGGAAAAUGGUAAUCCUGCCACCAGCCAAAACAAAAAAACCAUAAAGCAGCGAUUCCUCAAGCUGCUGCCAUGCUGCAAGCCCACGGUUGCCCCCUCAAUCAGUCAAAACAGCGUGGAAGAUGACUUUGAGUUAUCCACUGUGUGUCAUCGCCCUGAAAGCAUGGACAAGCUGCAAGAGCAGACUAAGUUCACCAAGAAGGAGCUGCAAGUCCUCUACAGGGGCUUCAAAAAUGAGUGUCCAAGUGGUGCGGUGAAUGAGGAGAACUUUAAGACCAUUUACUCCCAGUUCUUUCCACAGGGAGAUUCAAGUAUGUAUGCACAUUUCCUGUUUGAAGCCUUCGACACUAACAAGAACGGCUCAGUUAGUUUCGAGGACUUUGUAUUUGGUCUGUCUAUCAUCCUGAGAGGGACUAUUAAUGACCGGUUAAACUGGGCGUUCAACCUCUAUGACCUAAACAAAGAUGGCUGCAUCACCAAAGAGGAGAUGUUGGACAUCAUGAAGUCCAUCUAUGACAUGAUGGGGAAGUACACAUACCCCACUAUGCAGGACGAUGUUCCAAGAGAACACGUGGAGAGCUUCUUCCAGAAAAUGGACCGGAAUAAAGACGGGGUGGUCACCAUAGAAGAGUUCAUCGAGUCAUGCAAAAAGGAUGAGAACAUCAUGCAGUCCAUGCAGCUGUUUGACAACGUCAUCUAAGGAUCUGGACCAGAGAGUAGGCUGGCACCAGGGAGGGCAGUGUGUUUGUGUGUGUGUGUGUGUGUGUGUGUGUGUGUGUGAGCGUGUGGCCGUCUUCUGAGUUGCAGGCUUGUGCUUGUGUGUCUAUUGAGAGCUGCCAGUCCUGAGGGCACCAAGAGGCCCUCUCGCUCUUCCUGGACCCCCAGUGACAUUUCUCCAAGCAACAAUGAAGUUUCCCAGACUCCCUUUUUCAUCAUGCAGUACCUUAGUUUUACCCCAGAGGAACAGAGAAAAAGGCAAGCAGCGGGCUUACAGGCACUGGCACAUGCACCUGUUUUAUUUGAACUUUAUUUAUUACUACUGAGAGUGGAACUAUUGCAGCCUGUAAUGGCUGAACUCAGAGGGAGGAAGUUGCCUCCAAACCUUGAUCUAAGAUCACUUUUCCCCUUUUCCCUGUCAUGGCUGAGAUUUGGAUUUGUGAAUCUGAUCCUGCCUCUGUGCAUGUGGGUAACACUUCCCUGGAGCCGCAAGACUGAUCAUGCACUGGCUAACAAAAAUAGAAAUGAAUCUACUGCCAUCUACUGGAUGAGAGAGAGAAAGACACUUCCUGAGGAAACAACAAAUUCCAUCCAAGCUAUCCCUUGCUUUACAGAUGGAGGUUCAAACGUGUUGUUUUCCAUGAGGAACUGAUUACAAUAUCGCAUGAUGAUGUCACUAAUAUCCAAUUAUGUAUUUACAGAGAUACUCCAAAGUCUGCUUGUCUGUCUGCUGUUCCUAGUCAUUCACAGGUGCCUCACCCUUUGUGUGCAUGUGUAACAGAAAGAUGUCAUCCAUCUUAAUUAUGUGAGACUCUAAUGGGAAAACAACCACCUCUAUUCAUGGGAUUCUGGUAGAAUAAUUCCGAGCCUUCCAAACUAUUACAGUCCUAGCUGUAGGUGUCUAUUGACUGUUGUACAUUUUCUAGCAUUCCCAGUGGUGUGAUAUUAGGCAGUACAAUGUGGAGAUUGCACUAAAACGGAAAAGCUGUUUUGACUAUCCCAACUUCUCACAACACAGGACUGGCAUACCACAGUCGUACUAGUCUAUCAAUAUACAUUCAAGAGGAAUUUAUUAGAUUGCAGAUUGUAUUUGUGAACUUCUUGUAAUCGGAAAUGUCAUUCAAAACCCUUGUUGCAUUAAAUUUGGCUCAUUCAAUUUCAAAGAGGCAUAGUGUGUAUGUGUGUGUGUGUCGGUGAGAGAGACAUGGUUUAAUACGUUUUUUUAUGCCCCCCUCAUUCUGUAUUCUCCCUCUCUCUGUAACACCAAAGAGAAGAUAUACAUUAAAAAGGUAUAUAAAGCCCACCUGUGGGUGAAGAGAGAGGGAGAUGCUGUGUAGUAAAUAGGCAAGGGGCAAUCAGAGAUAAAAGGAUGUAAUUUGGUAAAGUGGCAUCAUUCAAACCGAAGUGUAGUCUUAGGUUGUAAACCCACACAUUAUUGAAAAGACAUUUGAAGAAUUUGCAACCACUUAUUUAUUAGCUUUUUUUCAGACUAGAACUUAUCUUAAAUGUAAGAUUGGAUAAGUAGCCGAGACACUCAAGCUGUAAUUAAAUAGACUAUGGUGUAUUUUAAAUGCAGAGACUGACAUGGAAUAGCAAUAAUGUUCUCCACCACGUAUCACCACCUUUGCACUCUUCCAACCUCUCAAUCCUCUCAGAGCACAGUAUAAGGAUGCACUAAGGCCCUGAGAAAAAUAUGCACUUCCAACCCUGCAAAUUUCCUUUAUGUUCUGCAUUGUUUUAACGUUUGUUUUAUUUUCUGGAGAAAAAGCGGUUUGGCUCUGAUUGUUCCUUGCCAAUAGUUUUUAACUUCCAUUCCUGACCACAAGUAAAACCUGUCUAUACCCGCAUGUAUUGUGUCUAGAACAAUGAAAACCUACUAACCCGUUGUACUGACUGUCUAGUUAGCUAGCCUCAACUGGUUGCAUUACGUAUUCAAAAUAUGUAUAUUUUGUACAGAGACAAUAAAAAUCACAGUUACUAUGCAAAA